CUUCCGUCAGCCGGCGGCGCAGGACGGGACCUCUGCCGCUGGGCUGCUUCUGCUCUUGGGCCGCCAUGUCCUUGGCGGCGCUGCUGCUGCGUCCGGCAGGCCGGGGCCGCUCCAGACUCAGCGCCCUGAGAGCGGCACGACUUCACGUGAGUUCGUCUUGGAACCUUCGGUAUGGCUGGCUAGCAUAUAUGUUGGGAGAGAGAACUACUAAAAGGUUCAACAACUACAGCAAAGUCUUCACAGUGGAUGGCAAUUUGCGUAGUGGCAAGGGUAAACUUGCACAACAAGUAGCAGAAAAGCUAGGUUUGCGAUAUUUCCCGGAAGCAGACGUUCAUUUUUUAGACAAGGUCACAGGAGAUGGAACAAUAUUAGAUACCAAAUUCAAUGGAAAUUGUAGUCUGGAGACAUUUUAUGAUGAUCCUAAACAUCCAGAUGGAAACUCUUAUCGGCUCCAGGCCUGGCUUUAUUGUAACCGCCUCUUGCAAUAUGCUUUCGCUCUGGAACACCUGCUGACUACAGGGCAAGGAGUAGUGCUGGAACGUUCCCCCUUCAGCGACUUUGUGUUCUUGGAGGCGAUGUUUAAGCAAGGCUACAUUCACAAACGGUGUGUGGAGCACUAUGACAAGAUUAAGGGUCUCAGUAUUUGUGAGUUUUUACCUCCUCACUUAGUCAUUUAUAUUGAUGUACCUGUCUCAGAAGUACAAAAACGGAUUCAAGAGAAAGGCAAGCCAUAUGAAAAGAAGGUGUCGCCUGCUUAUCUUCAGAGUAUUGAAGAUGGCUAUAAGAAAUCCUUCCUGCCACAGAUCAGUGAAACCUCAGAGGUCUUGCAGUAUACAGCAAGUGAGGCUGAACAGGUGGAAAAAGUCAUUGAAGAUAUUGAGUACCUGAAGUUUGACAAGGGGCCUUGGCUCGAGCAAGAUGACGUCACUUUCCAUUACUUGCGGAUUCUUGUGGAAGACAAGUUCAAAGUGGUCGUUCCGACAACUCUCCCUUUCUACGUCCCUGAAAUCACCAUGGGGGGCCUCGAGGUUGACAAACUCUAUUACGAAUACAAGGCGCUUCCUGGGCGUAAAUAUGGUCCUGGCUACAACGCUGACAUGGGCGACAAAUGGAUCUGGCUGAAGUAACUCUCAUUUGAAGCAUCAGUGGGGACAAUGAAGCUCCUGUUAACCAGCCAGCCCCUUCUGCACGGCAUGUUAAACACAAGAAACCGAGUGGGCUAUGGCAUAGGCCGAGAGGGGGGGGGGGACUUCUGCUCUUUCAUUCAAAUUUUUGUGAACUGAAUUUCAUUAGAAAGGUGAAUAACUGAUUAGCAUUGCAGGCAGACUCAUCAGUUUAAAAUGGAAACUCCUCAAAGCCGUGACUUAAUGUACUCAAGGAGCUUUACUGGAUUUGGGUGAAAUAAACACACAUUGCUCACA